CAAAGCUGAAUAAGACUGGAAAUAUAGUUUCAUCUGAUAUCUCAAAAGAAAGUUCUGAAAAAGCUUUUAAGGAUUCUGUGGUAACGGGAGUGAAUUUGGAACAAAAGCAACCAGCAACGCAUGGAUGGGAAAUACUGGUCCUUCCUUCUUAGUUUUGGAAUAUGUUUGAUGAUAUGUGCAUCUGUUACUGGUCGUCUGGCGCUGAAAAAGGAUAUCAGAAGAAACGCCUCUCCUUGUGGCUCCGAUUGCCCUUCGUACUGUUUUCCUGAAUGCUUACCCGAUUGUUGUAACUUCUUCCAGUACUACACACCUGCACCACCUCCACCCCCUCCUCCACCUCAGCCCGGACCCCCCGGGCCUGAUGGUCCAGUUGGUCCUAGUGGACCACCGGGGCCGGAUGGACCAAAGGGAAUACCCGGACCACCCGGUCCUCCGGGGCCUCCUGGAUUCCCGGGAGCUCCAGGUAGUCCGGCUGGCUCUCCAGGAACACCGGGACCCUCUGGAAAUCCAGGACAACCUGGAAGUUUGGGAGAACCUGGCGAUAUGGGUCCUGUUGGCCCCCCUGGGCCCCCGGGUCCGCCAGCCGCCCCUGGCCCUUCAGGUCAUGUGGGAGCCAUGGGAAGUCCAGGGGACCCAGGAGCAGCUGGGGAACCCGGAGCUCCCGGUCUCCCUGGAGCACCAGCCACAGUAACAUCUUACGAAGCCCCAGGUGGUACACCAGGUCAGGCAGGUGUUCAAGGACCACAAGGCCCACAAGGAGCAAGCGGAGCCAUGGGGGCUAUGGGAAGUCCGGGAGAUCCAGGGGAAGCAGGGGCAGCCGGACUUCCGGGUCCUCCGGGUCCACCGGGUCUACCUGGGUUACCAGCGGGAACUUCCACAAAUGACAAUGCCUCAACGGGUGUGCCAGGUCCUGCAGGAUCUCAAGGACCUCAAGGUCCUCAAGGGGCAAUCGGGGCCAUGGGAACAAGGGGAAAACAGGGAGAUCCCGGUGCUGCCGGACAAGCAGGACCUCCGGGUCCACCAGGGCCUCCAGGUCCCCCCGCUGGGGCACAACCAUCAACACCUGCAGCCUAUGGUGCACCAACAGGUACAUCCGGUCAACCUGGACUUCAGGGGCCCCAAGGUCCUCAAGGGACUAUGGGGGCCAUGGGAGCUAGGGGAAAACAGGGAGAUCCCGGUGCUGCCGGACAAGCAGGACCUCCGGGUCCACCAGGACCACCAGGUCCCCCCGCUGGGGCACAAGCGUCGACUACAGCAGCUUAUAGUACACCAGCUGGUACACCAGGCCAACCUGGAAUUCAGGGGCCCCAAGGUCCUCAAGGGGCAAUGGGGGCCAUGGGAGCUAGGGGAAAACAGGGAGAUCCCGGUGCUGCCGGACAAGCAGGACCUCCGGGUCCACCAGGGCCAGCAGGUCCCCCCGCUGGGGCACAAGCGUCGACGCCUGCAGCUUAUGGUGCACCAACAGGUACACCAGGCCAACCUGGUCUACAGGGACCAUCAGGGCCCCAGGGAGCGAUGGGAGCCAUGGGAGACCCUGGAGCCGCCGGACAAUCAGGACCUCCAGGCCCACCAGGCCCUCCUGAGGUACCAGCGGCUACACCUGCAGUUUAUAGUGCCCCUGCUGGUGCACAAGGACCGACAGGACUCCAAGGACCUAAGGGCUCCCAAGGUACCAUGGGAACUCCCGGGACGAUGGGACAGCCAGGGGACCCAGGAGCCGCUGGACCUCCAGGACCCCCAGGGCCACCCGGGCCUCCAGGAGUACCGGCGGCGGAUGUUGCACCCGUUUGCCCGGCGAUUUGUGAUAAAUUAUGUGUUGGUAUUUGUCCUACAAAUAAUUGUUGCAAAAAGUCAAAAAUCCCAAUCAAGAAGGUGCAGAUUUUAAACAAAGGAAGCAUCAUACCCGUAAAAGCUGCAAGCGCUACUCAAGGAAAGGAAGGCGUGCAAGGGGAGAAGACUCAGAGAGGAAGACUGAUUCAAGGAAAAAAACCCUAGUCAGAAUAUCAAAAGAAGCAAAAUAAGGCACAAAAAUAGUAUCUAGAAUCAAUAUAGUUAUGCGAAAAUUCUCAUAAUAUUGAACAAUCUUGAAAUUUUCUCAAAUGUAUUGUACAUUAAAUACUUUAUUACAUACCCCUACUAUUUAAUUGAAAACUACUUCAAUAAAUAUGUAGAAACAUACAAUCA